AUGGAGGCUGAAGAACAAGCAGGCCUUAGAGCAGGACGAUCCACAGCAGACCAUCUCUUCACAUUAACUCAAAUCUUAGAAACGAAAACAGCAUUCGAUCAGGAAGUUCAUAUUCUAUUUGUUGAUUUGAAGAAAGCUUACGACAGUAUACCUUUAGGGAGACUUUGGGAGACGCUGCAACAAAGCAAUAUGAACACAAAUAAUAAAGAUUUACUUGGAAAAUACACUGAACGAAAAUGUAGUUAUAUGAGAUUACCAGUAGAUGAUGAUACUACAGUGUACAUCUUGUCAUUCGCAGAUGACCAGGCUGUUGUAGCACAAGAUAUAGAGGACUUGGAAUGCAUGACCCGAAAACUUAACGAGGAUUAUGAAAAAUGGGGAUUGGAACUGAACAUUAAAAAAACGGAAUACGUGUGCAUUGGUAGACAACAACAAAACCUACGAAUAGUAACAGGACAAGUCAUCAGACAUUGCAGCAGCUACAAAUAUCUCGGAAUUAAAAUAUCCAAAGACGGAAGAGAAAUAUGCAAGGCAGAAAAGCAGUUUUGA